AUGGGUUACUCUGAGAUCUACUGCCAUAUUUGCGGUGUCAGCUUCAACAUCGCGCGACGCCGGAAACCGGGAGAGCCGGAUCUGGCUAGCUGGGACUACACCGGCGAACAAUGUGACGAGCCAGGAGUCGACGAGGUGGAUCUGGACAACUGUACUCAGAACGGCUGCUUUGCAGCGAUUAGUUAUCCGAAGGAUGAUGAGCACGACAUGCUCGAUGAUCCGGACUACGUCCCUGGACCGGAGGACGGGGACUACGGCGAGCCUGGUGAAUACGAUUCAGAGUAUGAAUCGAGUACAUCUGAGGAGGACGAUGCGAACAUUGGCCCAGAUCAAGACAGUAAUGAGGAAACUAGUGAUCCCGAAGUCGAUUGUUACUCAAACUGGUUGGCGAAAACGCUGAAUCCGCACGCCAGAUUCUCCGGAGAACCCAUUGGGAAAUUUGGAUAUUCAAACCAGCGCUGUCGAGACGAACGUGUGUUUCCAAUCCAGUCAACAACCUUAUCAGACGGGCACGACCCGGAGGAAUUGGAGCAUAUUCCCAGUCGGACCUGCACAGAGGCAAAUGCAUACUCGGGCUUUGCAAUCUCACUCGAAGAGAUGAGAGGGUGUCGCACGGCCCAGUGUCUAAUCCACAAAAGUGCAAUCCGGGAACCGUCGUCACAAAUCGAAUUCUCUGAGCCCUGGGAGGUUUCUGAAGAUUGGCUUUUGUCCGGGUUGUGUGAUGGAAUGCCGUCUCGCGAUUGUAAUAACCCAUACGUCUGGCCUGCGCGGGGUGGAGUUGACCAGCCACGAGCGGAGAAUAUUAAUUUCGAUCCGGAAUGGACAACUCCAAAAGAACUGGCUAUGCCGUUCCACCCCUGGUGCUUCGAUAUCUUCUGCCGUCAAUCUAAAGCUCGAUUCAACUGCGUCAAUAUCCCAGGCCUUAUCAAGUGGCGCGAUGCCGAGUUCUCCUACGAGGCCUUUCACGGGUUCCCCCGCUCAGGAGACGUCCUCGAAGGCCAAGAGCAAUUCUGGCAGCACGUCCCAGGCAAAGAAUAUCUAGCCGCCAACCCGCUUUACGUGCCAGGCCUACGGGACAUUUUGCAAAAUGCAGACCGAAUGGAAGAAUACGAACUUCCGAAAAAGAGACCUACUUUAUUGCAGGCUGGUUACAACGACGUUUUUGCUUCCCUGCCCCCCGAGAUACGUCUGCUAGUAGUCCGUUUCCUGGAUGCCAGCGACCUCCAUAAUCUAAGGGUGGCUUCCAAGGCGUUCGCCAGUCUUCCAAAUAGCGUGUGGCGGCAACUUGUCCGCGAGGAGAUGCCCUGGCUAUGGGAAUCCUGCUACGACAGCGAGGAAGCCCACGUUCCUUCUCUCUGGACUACGGUAACGGCGAACGAGCUGAUGUUGUUCAAAGAAGAACGAGAGCGUUAUUUAGCACAACUGAAGGAUAGCACCGCGGUCGAUUUUCUGCUUCCAUUUCCAGGAAAGGUACCGAACCAGCUGAAGCUACAGGAAGGAAGUCUAAAUUGGCACGCGGUUUACACGCAGAUCAAGCAAAAUUGGAGCAAUCUCAGAGGGCUGCGGAAUCGACGGCGGAUUUGGGAAGAUGUGGAAGAGAUUAUCAAUCGGAUUGAGAAGUAUGACACGGAGAUGUCAGGGUAG